UAAUUAUUAUUUAUGAUAGAUUCUCUUUGGUGUCUACAAUGUUAUUUUCUUUCUCAAUGACAUAAUGUACUUAAAGGUGACAUUUGAAAUUAAAUGCAAGUUUAUAUCGAAAUGCCAUGUACAAAGUUAAUAAUACGAAAACACGAAGAAUCGAAAAACUGUAAAAGUUUGCAAAUUUUAAUAGACGAUGACGAACAUUCAGCAAAUGUGCAUUUUGGAAAAUGGGCGGAUGGGACAGUUGAUACUAACAAGAGUACCAAAUCACCAUGUCUUAUUGUGAAGAUAGUUUCCACCUUUGAAUCAGAUCUACUUAAUUUAGAAUCUAGUGCUAAGCUGCUAGAACCCGAUAAAGUGAACGAAUAUUUAGACACUAACACUGAUUGCCGCUUGAAUAAUAACAAUCGAAUCAUACAUCAAAAUGAUAGUAAUGAAUUUACUGAAAAACAUAUCAAUAACGUUCCCAAAGAUUACAUCAACCCCUUACAGUACAGUCUUGAUAGAGUGAAUGAGAAUAAUGCCCGAAUUAUGGAAAAUAUUAAAAUAUUAAAUAGAACAUUGGAUUUGACUAAAAGUCAAGAGAUUUUAGAUACAAUAUACACGAGAUCUUUGAGACAUCCUUACUACCGUGGGUCAAAUUAUAUCCAUGAAGCAGGAAUAAAAAAACAUUUUAACUGCCAACAUUUAACAACAGAAUGCAAGACACAACAGCGUUGGCAAAUCGUUUGGACUUGCAUUCAAUGUUUUCAAGUAUGGCCUCGUCGAGAUCAAGCAAUUGAACAUCCUGGUGAUAGUUGUAAUCCAAAAGAUAUUGAGGGCAUUCGAGAAAUUAAAACCUCGUCACUAUUACAAUGCGAGUUUUGCGAAAAAGUAUUUACAAGUAUUCCAAGACUUUUGACUCAUAGCAAAUUGCACUCUGUCGUAAACAAUUACGAAUGCACUACUUGUAGUUUAACAUUUAAAUCAUAUAAAACUAACGAGCAACAUUGGCUGGUGUGCCCGUGGUUGAAAAUAUACAGUUUUGAAUUGCCUAAAUUUUUGUUGUGCAACAUUUGCGACCGUAAAUUCAAGAAUUACGAUCAACUCUACAAUCACAGAUAUAAAGCUGAACAUUUCAUGCUGAAAAUCAUUCAAGAUAUUAAAACCGAUGAGCCAAUGAUAAAAGCGUCUAUCAGUAUUUUAGCUCAUCAAUGUGAGCUAUGUGGUCUUUGGUAUAACGCCCUUUCAGAAGUAAAAGCCCACAGAACACAAGUUCACCAACAGUUUGAUGCUAUAGUUUAUUAAUAUGCAAUUUCCCUAAAUGCUAGUUGUUACUUGCAAUAAAUUGUAUUUUUUUUACUUACAAAUAGAUGUAGUAUUUAACAUUCUUAUUAAUUAAUACAAGAAAUAAGAACUGAAAUAUAUUAAUUUACAACUUCAUAAA